GAGAACUUCCUGUCCAACCCAGUGAAUCUAUGGGAAGGCUACCCCCAUACCUUGAUGCCGUAAGUACUGGAGCCAGACCAUGUAAACACAAUGCAAACAAGCACAUUGUACAAAAGGCUCAUUAGUGGGUACUGCCCCUUUAAGAGCCAUGUGUACAACUAAACACAAGUAAACCUUUCCAUAUCCCCCUAGCUGUUGUUUCCUUUGUAAUGGCCAACCACCACUCAUCAUUCUCAGUCCUCAGUUCACUAAUGACCAACCACCACUCAGUAUUCUCAGUCCUCAGUUCCCUAAUGACCAACCACCACUCAGUAUUCUCAGUCCUCAGUUCCCUAAUGACCAACCACCACUCAUCAUUCUCAGUCCUCAGUUCCCUAAUGACCAACCACCACUCAGUAUUCUCAGUCCUCAGUUCCCUAAUGACCAACCACCACUCAGUAUUCUCAGUCCUCAGUUCCCUAAUGACCAACCACCACUGAGCAUUCUCAGUCCUCAGUUCCCUAAUGACCAACCACCACUGAGCAUUCUCAGUCCUCAGUUCCCUAAUGACCAACCACCACUGAGCAUUCUCAGUCUCGCUAAUGACCAACCACCACUCAGUAUUCUCAGUCCUCAGUUCCCUAAUGACCAACCACCACUCAGUAUACUCAGUCCUCAGUUCCCUAAUGACCAACCACCACUCAGUAUUCUCAGUCCUCAGUUCCCUAAUGACCAACCACCACUCAGUAUUCUCAGUCCUCAGUUCCCUAAUGACCAACCACCACUCAGUAUUCUCAGUCCUCAGUUCCCUAAUGACCAACCACCACUGAGCAUUCUCAGUCCUCAGUUCCAUAUGUAAACUAAUGUCAACUGGUGCAAUUUUUGCAUAGACGUUAAGGGAAGUAGGUGGGUUUGUUUAAACAUACAGGUUGAAUACUCAGAGCUUAGUUCUCCCAAGUAGUCCUAAGUACUGGUGUAAACUAGUCUAAGUUCUAUAGCCAGUCUAUAAGUGUGGAAACCAUUCUCCUUACUUAGUACCUUUUGUGUAAACCACUGUAAACUAGUGUGCUCAUACAAGCUUUAGAUAUUUGAUUGGACAGAUCAGAGGUGGUGUAUUUUCUUGUUAGUCGCAGGAUUUGCAUAGACGUUAAUAGAAGGAGGUGGGUGUGUUGGUGCUGACUCCCAUGUGGAAUGAGUUUGUCAUAGCAACAGAUUUUUUGGUACUGACUCCCAUAUGGAAUGAGUUUGUCAUAGCAACAGAUAUUUGGUACUGACUCCCAUAUGGAAUGAGUUUGUCAUAGCAACAGAUAUUUGGUACUGACUCCCAUAUGGAAUGAGUUUGUCAUAGCAACAGAUAUUUGGUACUGACUCCCAUAUGGAAUGAGUUUGUCAUAGCAACAGAUUUUUGGUACUGACUCCCAUAUGGAAUGAGUUUGUCAUAGCAACAGAUAUUUGGUACUGACUCCCAUAUGGAAUGGAGUUUGUCAUAGCAACAGAUAUUUGGUACUGACUCCCAUAUGGAAUGAGUUUGUCAUAGCAACAGAUAUUUGGUACUGACUCCCAUAUGGAAUGAGUUUGUCAUAGCAACAGAUAUUUGGUACUGACUCCCAUAUGGAAUGAGUUUGUCAUAGCAACAGAUAUUUGGUACUGACUCCCAUAUGGAAUGAGUUUGUCAUAGCAACAGAUAUUUGGUACUGACUCCCAUAUGGAAUGAGUUUGUCAUAGCAACAGAUAUUUGGUACUGACUCCCAUAUGGAAUGAGUUUUGUCAUAGCAACAGAUAUUUGGUACUGGACUCCCAUAUGGAAUGAGUUUGUCAUAGCAACAGAUAUUUGGUACUGACUCCCAUAUGGAAUGAGUUUGUCAUAGCAACAGAUAUUUGGUACUGACUCCCAUAUGGAAUGAGUUUGUCAUAGCAACAGAUAUUUGGUACGGACUCCCAUAUGGAAUGAGUUUGUCAUAGCAACAGAUAUUUGGUACUGACUCCCAUAUGGAAUGAGUUUGUCAUAGCAACAGAUAUUUGGUACUGACUCCCAUAUGGAAUGAGUGUCUUUACUCAGCAUGUACCUCUGUGUGUCUAAACCAAUCUGAUUAGUGCUUAAUUAUUCUGAGAUAUUUGAUUGCAAAUGAUAGCUGUUUUUUUUUUUUGCAGGAAAGUUUUACUUACUGUGAUAUGUGGUUGUCUUACCUACCUUAGUUGAAUGCACUGAUUGUAAGUCGCUCUGUAUAAGGGUGUCUGCUAAAUGACAAAAAAUGCAAAUGUAAGGUGAUUAUGUUAGAAUUGACAGACUUGGUGUUCAUUUGUCCUGCUUGUAGGUUCCAGAUGAAGUUCUAUUUCAUCUGUCAGUUGGGCUACUGGCUUCACGCCCUCCCCGAGCUCUACUUCCAAAAGACCAAGAAAGUGAGUACGUGUGUAUGUGUGUGUGUGUGUGUGUGUGUGUGUGUGUGUGUGUGUGUGCGUUAUUUGGGUUGAAAUUACUGAACUCACAAGUAGAAUCACGAGGCAUACAGACAGGCUACAUACCAUUUCUUGUUUGAUUUCCAUAUGUUAACAUUGUAUUUAAAGAAUUUCUAACAUUUGCCUGAGGUCAUUACACGUAAUGCACAAACAGAGUAAAUGUUUUACUGACAUCCUUUGUGUGUGUGUGUGUUGUGUAGGAGGACAUUCCUCGUCAGUUAGUAUAUAUCGCUCUGUACUUGGUCCACAUCGCAGGAGCCUACAUCCUCAAGUAAGACCUGGUUCUCUUCGCAUCAACAUACGUUCACAUCAACAUUACUGUAAAUUCACUUCACAUCAACAUUACUGUAAGUUCACAUCAACAUUACUGUAAGUUCACAUCAACAUUACUGUAAGUUCAGUUCACAUCAACAUACGUUCACAUCAACAUACGUUCACAUCAACUUUACUGUAAGUUCACUUCACAUCAACAUACGUUCACAUCAACAUACGUUCACAUCAACAUUACUGUAAGUUCACGUCAACAUUACUGUAAGUUCAGUUCACGUCAACAUUACUGUAAGUUCACUUCACGUCAACAUUACUGUAAGUUCACGUCAACAUUACUGUAAGUUCACAUCAACAUUACUGUAAGUUCACGUCAACAUUACUGUAAGUUCACUUCACGUCAACAUGUUCUUUAUUAUCAUUGAGUAGGCCUGGUUCCACGCUCAACCUUAGCUGAACUUAGUAGCUUCAGUAUGCCCCAAUACUUCCUGGAGGUUUCUGGGGACAAAAAUAGAUCAUGGUGAUAGCUACCUCCUCUAUGAAGCAUCUAACCAUCUAACGGCGUCCAUUUUGUGUCUUCCAGUCUGAAUCGUCUGGCUCUGGUUCUGCUGGUGUUCCACUACUUUGUAGAGCUUCUCUUCCACGUGUCCCGCCUGGUCUACUUCAGCAACGAGAAGAGACUGACAGGGUGAGCACACACACACACACACAGACACAGACACAGACACAGACACAGACACAGACACAGACACAGACACAGACACAGACACACCACACACACACACACACACACACACACACACACACACACACACACAGAAGAGACAGACUGGGUCAGUUGAGGUUUCACACACACACACACACACACACACACACACACACACACACACACACACACACUGGGUGAGUUGAGGUGGAGGACUCUUAACCAACUGUGCUAUUUUGUGUGUUUUUUCACAUUGUUUGUAACUUUAUUUUGUAAAUAAUGUUGCUGCUUCCGUCUCUUAUGACCGAAAAGAGCUUCUGGACAUCAGAACAGCGAUUACUCACCUUGAACUGGACGAAUACUUUUUCUUUAAUGAGUCGGACGAUAGGGAUGUCCUCCAGACACCCGACAGGGCCCUCAUCCCCGUCACUCGCAGCAGAAAGAAAAGGAGAUAUCGCGGAAGGAGAUCGGGGUGCCUGGUAAGGAGCCGGCGACGAGUGGCUAAUCUGCCUUUGCCAUCGAUACUAUUGGCCAAUUUACGAUCGCUUCAUAAUGAAUUGGACGAAUUACAGGCACGUAUAUAUCCUACCAACGGGGCACGUAUAUAUCCUACCAACGGGACACGUAUAUAUCCUACCAACGGGACACGUAUAUAUCCUACCAACGGGACACGUAUAUAUCCUACCAACGGGACACGUAUAUAUCCUACCAACGGGACACGUAUAUAUCCUACCAACGGGACACGUAUAUAUCCUACCAACGGGACACGUAUAUAUCCUACCAACGGGACACGUAUAUAUCCUACCAACGGGACACGUAUAUAUCCUACCAACGGGACACGUAUAUAUCCUACCAACGGGACACGUAUAUAUCCUACCAACGGGACAUUAAAAACUGUAAUAUCUUAUGUUUCACAGAGUCGCGGCUGAACGAUGACACGGAUAACAUACAGCUGGCAGGUUAUACACUGUAUCGGUAGGAUAGAACGGCAGCCUCUGGUAAGACAAGGGGUGGCGGUCUGUGUAUAUUUGUAAACAACAGCUGGUGCACGAUAUCUAAGGAAGUCUCAAGGUUUUGCUCGCCUAAAGUAUGAUAAGCUGUAGACCACACUAUCUACCAAGAUAGUUUUCAUCUAUAUUCUUCGUAGCUGUCUAUUUACCACCACAAACCGAUGCUGGCACUAAGACCGCACUCAAUUAACUGUAUACAGCCAUAAGCAAACAGGAAGACGCUCAUCCAGAGGCGGCACUUCUAGUGGCCGGGGACUUUAAUGCAGGGAAACACACAGCGAUGCGUACAAAGCUCUCCCUCGCCCUCCAUUUGGCAAAUCUGACCAUAAUUCUAUCCUCCUGAUUCCUGCUUACAAGCAAAAACUAAAGCAGGAAGCACCAGUGACUCGGUCAAUAAAAAAGUGGUCAGAUGACGCAGAUGCUAAGCUACAGGACUGUUUUGCUAGCACAGACUGGAACAUGUUCUGGGAUUCUUCAGACAGCAUUGAGGAGUACACCACAUCAGUCACUGGCUUCAUCAAUAAGUGCAUCGAUGAUGUCGUCCCCACAGUGACCGUACGUACAUACCCCAACCAGAAGCCAUGGAUUACAGGCAACAUCUGCACUGAGCUAAAGGGUAGAGCUGGCGCUUUCAAGGAGUGGGACUCUAACCCGGAAGCUUAUAAGAAAUCCCACUAUGCCCUCUGACGAACCAUCAAACAGGCAAAGCGUCAAUACAGGACUAAGAUCGAAUCAUACUACACCGGCUCUGACGCUCGUCGGAUGUGGCAGGGCUUGCAAACUAUUACAGACUACAAAGGGAAGCUCAGCCGCGAGCUGCCCAGUGACACAAGCCUACCAGACAAGCUAAAUCACUUCUAUGUAUGCUUCGAGGCAAGUAACACUGAAACAUGCAUGAAGGCAUCAGCUGUUCCGGACGACUGUGUGAUCACGCUCUCCGUAGCCGAUGUGAGUAAGACCUUUAAACAUGUCAACAUUCACAAGGCCGCAGGACCAGACGGAUUACCAGGACGUGUACUCCGAGCAUGCGCUGACCAAGUGUCUUCACUGACAUUUUCAACCUCUCCCUGUCUGAUUCUGUAAUACCAACAUGUUUCAAGCAGACCACCAUAGUCCCUGUGCCCAAGAACACUAAGGUAACCUGCCUAAAUGACUACCGACCCGUAGCACUCACGUCUGUAGCCAUGAAGUGCUUUGAAAGGCUGGUCAUGGCUCACAUCAACACCAUUAUCCCAUAAACCCUAGACCCACUCCAAUUUGCAUACCGCCCCAACAGAUCCACAGAUGAUGCGAUCUCUAUUGCGCUCCACACUGCCCUUUCACACCUGGACAAAAGGAACACCUAUGUGAGAAUGCUAUUCAUUGACUACAGCUCAGCGUUCAACACCAUAGUGCCCUCAAAGCUCAUCACUAAGCUAAGGACCCUGGGACUAAACACCUCCCUCUGCAACUGGAUCCUGGACUUCCUAACGGGCCACCCCCAGGUGGUAAGGGUAGGUAACAACACAUCCGCCAUGCUGAUCCUCAACACGGGGGCCCCUCAAGGGUGCGUGCUCAGUCCCCUCCUGUACUCCCUGUUCACCCAUGACUGCAUGGCCAGGAACGACUCCAACACCCUCAUUAAGUUUUCCGACAACACAACAGUGGUAGGCCUGAUCACCGACAACAACGAGACAGCCUAUAGGGAGGAGGUCAGAGACCUGGCCAUGUGGUGCCAGGACAACAACCUCACCCUCAACAUGAGCAAGACAAAGGAGAUGAUUGUGGACUACAGGAAAAAUAAGAGGACUGAGCACGCCCCCAUUCUCAUCGACGGGGCUGUAGUGGAACAGGUUGAGAGCUUCAAGUUCCUUGGUGUCCACAUCACCAACAAACUAUCAUGGUCCAAACACACCAAGACAGUCGUGAAGAGCGCACGACAAAGCCUAUUCCCCCUCAGGAGACUGAAAAGAUUUGGCAUGGGUCCUCAGAUCCUCAAAAGGUUCCACAGCUGCACCAUCGAGAGCAUCCUGACUGGUUGCAUCACUGCCUGAUAUGGCAACUGCUCGGCCUCCGACUGCACGGCACUACAGAGGGUAGAGCGUACGGCCCAGUACAUCACUGGGGCCAAGCUUCCUGCCAUCCAGGACCUCUAUACCAGGCGGUGUCAAAGGAAGGCCCUAAAAAUUGUCAAAGACUCCAGCCACCCUAGUCAUAGACUGUUCUCUUUGCUACCGCACGGCAAGCGGUACCGGAGCGCCACGUCUAGGUCCAAGAGGCUUCUAAACAGCUUCUACCCCCAAGCCAUAAGACUCCUGAACAUCUAAUCAAAUGGCUACCCAGACUAUUUGCAUUGCCCCCCCCCCCCCCCCCCCCCCAAACUAUUUUACGCUGCUGCUACUCUGUUUAUUAUCUAUGCAUAGUCACUUUAAUAACUUUACCUACAUGUACAUAUUACCCCAAUUACCUUGACUAACCGGUGCCCCUGCACAUUGACUCUGUACCGGUACCCCCUGUAUAUAGCCUCGCUAUUGUUAUUUUUACUGCUGCUCUUUACUUAUUUGUUACUUUUAUUUAGUAUUAUUUUAUAUUGUCUUUUUUUAUUUAAUUUUUUGGUAUUCAUUCUUAACUGCAUGGUUGGUUAAGGGCUUGUAUGUAAGCAUUUCACUGUAAGGUCUACACCUGUUGUAUUCGGCGCAUGUGACAAAUACAAUUUGAUUUGACACACGGCAUACUUCAAAGCCCUACAACAAGAUGCCAUCUUAGCAUUUUAGACAAGGACGUAUAGGAAGUUAAGCUACUAGCUAGCUACACUCUCAAGGUCUUGAGUAAUGAUAGUGUUGAUAUCAAUUGGAAAAAGAAAAUUGAGAUCAAAGGGAGGCAGUAGAUGUCAUGGUCAUCUUACUUGUGUGUGUGUGUGUGUCCGUGUGUGUGUCCGUGUGUGUGUCCGUGUGUGUGUGUGUCCGUGUCCGUGCGUGUCCGCCUGUGUCACGGUGUGUCGGGUCUCUGUCCUAGGUUCACCGUCUGGGCGGUGCUGUUUGUUCUUGGGCGGCUGCUCACCCUGUCCCUGUCUGUUCUGACUGUGGGUUUCGGCCUGGCCAACGCUGAUCAACAAGUACUGGACCUGGCCAACGGAAACUUCAACGUACUCUUCGUUCGGUAAGAGAGAGAGAGUGUGACUUGACCACGAGUAGCAGGAUGACUGUGCCCUCACACAGAGUGUCUGGCAUGUGCACGGAGCGUUUCAUUAACAUGGUGCUGUAGCUGCUGGACUAAAACAGCAGAACAGUUUAGCCUUAGUUGUAGUUGUGGUGGAAGUCGGCCAAGCUGUUUAGUUUGUGAAUUGCUGUGAUACCUUUUUUAAGUUAAUCUACCUUCAAGAAUCUACCACUUCAUACUUUAAGUGUCGCUAACACAUCUUUAUCUCCUACCCCACAGGAUCACUGUGCUGGCGACCAUCUGUGUGACUCAGGCCUUCAUGAUGUGGAAGUUCAUCAACUUCCAGCUGAGGAGGUGGAGAGAGCAGACCAAGCCCCAGGCCCAGCCCCUGAAACCCAAGAAGCCCCAAGCUCCCAAGAGCAAGUCCAAGAAAGACAAAGGUGAGCAGAACUACAUACCAGAGGAUAGUUGCAGAAAC